GGGAGGGAGACACAGGCUGAGCUGAUCCCACGUGUGACGCUUGCAUUCCCGGCUCAGUAAAAUUCUCUUUAGCGUGCUUCGGUGUAGCGUUGUGCCGCCUGUCUUCGUUAGUUACUGGCUAUAGUUGGGUUAGCUAUGGAGGGAGACGGGAGCCAAGCCACAUCUGGAGGAAGUCCUAAUGAUUCGCAACACGACCCGGGUAAAAUGUUUAUCGGUGGUCUCAGCUGGCAAACUUCACCAGACAGCCUUAGAGACUAUUUUACUAAAUUCGGGGAAAUCAGAGAAUGUAUGGUGAUGAGAGAUCCAACGACAAAACGCUCCAGGGGCUUUGGAUUCGUUACUUACGUAGAUGCUGCCAGUGUAGAUAACGUCUUAGCUCAGCCACAUCACGAAUUAGACUCAAAAACGAUCGAUCCUAAAGUUGCCUUCCCUAGACGUGCUCAACCCAAGAUGGUCACAAGAACAAAGAAAGUAUUCAUAGGAGGAUUAUCAGCGAACACAGUAGUUGAAGAUGUGAAGCUGUAUUUUGAACAGUUUGGCAAGGUAGAGGACGCCAUGCUUAUGUUUGACAAAACGACUAACAGACACAGAGGUUUCGGCUUUGUAACUUUUGAGGUUGAGGACGUUGUGGAGAAAGUAUGCGAGAUUCACUUUCAUGAAAUCAAUAAUAAAAUGGUAGAAUGCAAGAAGGCCCAGCCCAAGGAGGUGAUGUUCCCUCCAGGUACGCGAGGCAGGGCCAGGGGCCUGCCCUACACCAUGGAUGCCUUCAUGCUGGGGAUGGGCAUGCUGAGUUACCCAAACAUUGUAGCAACGUACGGCCGUGGAUACACUGGUUUUGCCCCGAGUUACAGCUACCAAUUCCCUGGCUUCCCAGCGACGGCGUAUGGACCGGUGGCAGCAGCGGCAGUGGCGGCAGUGCGUGGCUCAGGUAGGGGGGCCCGUGGAAGAGGUGGCUACAUGGCAUACCAGCAGAACGCAGGGGCAGGGUUCCCAGAUUAUGGGUUCUAUUCCGGGGCCGGGCCCAGUGACCUGCGGGGCCCCCCCUGCUCCUUUGCCGACUAUGGCUCCCUGGGGCCCCAGGCUGCUCAGAUGCUGCAGCACAGUGAGCAUCAUGCCACCUCCGCCUGCAACUCCCCCCUCCAGCACCACCUGCAGCACAGCCCGGACCCCUUUAAGAGCCCAGGCACCAACCAGGCCCGGCCCGGAGCCUUCCCUGGCACCAACAGUCCCGGGCCCGUGGCUGACCUCUAUGGCACUACAAGCCAGGACUCCGGCGUGGGCAACUACAUUAGUGCUGCUAGCCCCCAGCCUGGCUCUGGCUUCGGCCACAGCAUUGCUCAGAGUAUUUCAGGAGGCCCGGGGAAGACCGGGCGGAGUUUUUAACUGGCUAUGUGAACAGGUGAUGCCAUCCAACGCCAAGCACUACAGCAUCAACCCACAGGAGGAGAGUGGAGGUGGCACCACGUGAAGAAGAACUGAAGAAAAUUUCAAAAUCAUCUCAGAAAAAGAAACUACAAUCUGCUGUACUAUAAUCCAAACCUGGUGUUCACAUCCAUAAUAUCCAACUGUAACCCAGUAACUUUGUGUAGGAUUUUAGUUGUUUUUACCUUUGAAUGUUCCUUAUUUUAAAUCGAUUUAGUUCAUUUUCUUUCUUUUCGACGUAGUCUUCAAAUUAAUAAGGAAGAUUCAUUAUAUUUUUUACUUAGGAUCAAAAAUACACAAAUAUUGGAUACUAUAUCUUAAAUGAGUAACUAUUUAUGUAAACCAUUUAUUUAAAAAAAUAGAUUGCUAUGUUGCUAUGGUUGUUUGUUUUCAUCCUUGGUAAUGGAAACCAUUUCAGGUGUCAGUUUGCACAUACAGAGCAUUCGGAAAGUAUUCAGUCCACUUCACUUUUUGUUACAUUACAGCCUUAUUCUAAAAUGUAUUACAUUGUUUUUUCCCCUCAUCAAUCUAAACACAUUACCCCAAAUGACAAAGCAAAAACAGGUUUUUAGAAAUUUUUGCAAAUGUAUUACAAAUAAAAAAACAUCUAUCACAUUUACAUAAGUAAUCAGAACCUUUACUCAGUACUUUGGUGAAACACCUUUGGUAGCGAUUACAACCUCGAGUCUUCUUGGGUACAAAAUGGGAGUUUCUCCCAUUCUUCUCUGCAGAUCCUCUCAAGCUCUGUCAGGUUGAAUGGGGAGUGUUGCUGAACAGCUAUUUUCAGGUCCGGGCUCUAGCUGGACAUUCAGAGACUUGUCCCGAAGCCACUACUGCGUUGUCUUGGCUCUGUGCUUAGGGUCGUUGUCUGGUUGGAAGGUGAACCUUCGCCCCAGUCUGAGGUCCUGAGUGUUCUGGAGCAGGUUUUCAUGAUCUCUCUGUACUUUGCUCCAUUAAUCUUUCCCUCGAUUCUGACUAGUCUGUCAGAGCGACCAUCAGGUUCCUCUUCACCUCCCUGACCAAGGCCCUUCUCCCCAGAUUGCUCAGUUUGGCCAGGCGGCCAGCUCUAGGAAGGGUCUUGUUGGUUCCAAACUUUUUCCAUUUAAGAAUGAUGGAGGCCACUGCCCUUGGGGACCUUCAAUUCUGCAGAAAUGUUUUGGUACCCUUUCCCAGAUCUGUGCCUCGACACAAUCCUGUCUCGGUGCUCUAUGGACAAUUCCUUCAACCUCAUGACUUGGUUUUUGCUCUGACAUGCACUGUCAACUGUGGUAUUUUGGCCCAUUCCUCCAUGCAGAUCUCCUCUAGAGCAGUGAUGUUUUUGGGGCUGUUGCUGGGCAACACGGACUUUCAACUCCCUCCAAAGAUUUUCUAUGGGAUUGAGAUCUGGAGACUGGCUAGGCCACUCCAGGACCUUGAAAUGCUUCUUACGAAGCCACUCCUUCGUUGCCCGGGCGGUGUGUUUGGGAUCAUUGUCAUGCUGAAAGACCCAGCCAUGUUUCAUCUUCAAUGCCCUUGCUGAUGGAAGGAGGUUUUCACUCAAAAUCUCACGAUACAUGGCCCCAUUCAUUAUUUCCUUUACACGGAUCAGUCGUCCUGGUCGCUUUGCAGAAAAACAGCCCCAAAGCAUGAUGUUUCCACCCCCAUGCUUCACAGUAGGUAUGGUGUUCUUUGGAUGCAACUCAGCAUUCUUUGUCCUCCAAACACGACGAUUUGAGUUUUUACCAAAAAGUUGUAUUUUGGUUUCAUCUGACCAUAUGAAAUUCUCCCAAUCUUCUUCUGGAUCAUCCAAAUGCUCUCUAGCAAACUUCAGACGGGCCUGGACAUGUACUGAUUUAAGUAGGGGGACACGUCUGGCACUGCAGGAUUUGAGUCCCUGGCGGCGUAGUGUGUUACUGAUGGUAAGCUUUGUUACUUUGGUCCCAGCUCUCUGCAGGUUUUUGCUCACCGUUCUUGUGAUCAUUUUGACCCCACGGGGUGAGAUCUUGCAUGGAGCCCCAGAUCGAGGGAGAUCAUCAGUGGUCUUGUAUGUCUUCCAUUUCCUAAUAAUUGCUCCCACAGUUGAUUUCUUCAAACCAAGCUGCUUACCUAUUGCAGAUUCAGUCUUCCCAGCCUGGUGCAGGUCUACAAUUUUGUUUCUGGUGUCCUUUGACAGCUCUUUGGUCUUGGUCAUAGUGGGUUUGGAGUGUGACUGUUUGAGGUUGUGGACAGGUGUCUUUUAUACUGAUAAGUUCAAACAGGUGCCAUUAAUACAGGUAACGAGUGGAGGACAGAGGAGCCUCUUAAAGAAGAAGUUACAGGUCUGUGAGAGCCAGAAGUCUUGCUUGUUUGUAGGUGACCAAAUACUUAUUUUCCACCAUAAUUUGCAAAUAAAUUCAUUAAAAAUCCUACAAUGUGAUUUUCUGGAGAGAAAAAAAUCUAAUUUUGUCUGUCAUAGUUGAAGUGUACCUAUGAUGAAAAUUACAGGCCUCUCUCAUCUUUUUAAGUGGGAGAACUUGCACAAUUGGUGGCUGACUAAAUACUUUUUUGCCCCACUGUAUAUAGGCAGGUGUGCCUUUCCAAAUCAUGUCCAAUCAAUUGAAUUCACCACAGGUGGACUCCAAUCAAGUUGUAGAAACAUCUCAAUGAUGAUCAAUGGAAACAAGAUGCACUUGAGUCUCAUAGCAAAGGGUCUGAAUACUAUUGUAAAUAAGGUAUUUUAUUUUUUAUACAUUUGCAAAAAUGUCUAAAAACCUGUUUUUGCUUGGUCAUUAUGGGGUAUUUAAUACAUUUUAGAAUAAGGCUGUUACGUAGCAGCAUUUGUAAAACGUCAAUGGGUCUGAAUACUUUCUGAAUGCACUGUACAAGAAAACUGACAUGAGGCUUGAAGAAAGGUGGUGUUAAUUAAAUUAAAAAAUAGAGUGUAACUAAUAAAACUUCUAGCUUUUUUUGUUUCUUUUAAUGUUGUUAAUUACCUAUUUUGGGCAAUAAGAGGACUACAAUAUUUUUACAGUCCUUUUUUACAAUUUUUUUUUGUUGUCAGGAAAAAAUAACCUUUCCUUUUAAUACUUAGUGAAUUCAGAUUUUAAGAAAAAAAUAUAUAGCUGUAAAUAUUAUUCAAGUCACUGCAUAUAAUCGUUUCAGAGAGAACCAUAUUUUUGUGAUGGUUCAUCAUAAAAGGCUGUACUGUGUAAGAGCGCAACUGUCAAAGACGAGGACAUUUAAUGCUCUUAAAUCGUAUCAUAAUCCAUUUGUAGCACAAAAUUCCAUGAUAACCCCAUUGAGGACUCGAUCCUACAAGAACACUGUUGGCUUGCUCUGUAAAUACUGUUGUCUUUCUUACUGUGCUAAUGUCAUACCAGCAUACUGUUGUGUCUUCUACAUGGUGAGCUCAAAAGUGCACAGCUUCUAAAAGAUGACACAAGGUUAACACUGGACAUUGCUACACAAUGUCUCUCAAAGAGGACACCGGCUCAACUUCUUCUAGACACUUGCAAGUGAAAGGCUACUUACUGUGUCUGUCACUGAGAUUUUUGAAGUCAAUACUAUAUAAAAAAAGGACUUAUUACAAAUCCAAAGCACACUUUUACUUUGUAUUAGUUUGAAAAUAGCAGAUGUAUAUCCAGAGACAAUUCAUACCAAUCUGCAUGUGUUGAUGUUACAUUUUGUUGUUAUGAUUAUCUUUUUGUUUUUCUUAUUAAUGCUAUUUAUCCAUUUUGAACAGAGCACCUACUUUCAGUUUGACAGGCAAUAUUUCAAGUCAGAUACAUUUUAAGUCAAUUUAUUGGAAUGUUUUCUUGAACUGAUUAGGAAGGCAAAUAUCUAUGAUUACCUCAGCCCUGUGAGUUUUGUCUUAGAAGAGAUUACAAAGUCAUUUAUUUGAGGCUUAAACAGAUUGAAAUUAUGAAUGGAUUAUGAGAACAAGUUGUUGCACCGUGACAAGGAAGGAAAGUGACCAUAUUCUAUUUGCACAUUUCAAGUGUUGGAUAUUUAAAAUGGUCUUGAUAAGAUGAUACAUGAAGGAUUGUUUUUUAAGAAUAACUUUUUAUCCCCAUUAGAGAUUAGACAUCUUGGCUGUUGCAAUUGGAAAACGUUUUUUCUGCCCAACGGGCAUUUAUUUUCCUAAAAAUACGAAAGAAUCCAUACAUAAUCCAUAGAUUGGAGCAUUUCGACCUAGCCAAGUCACCCUAGUCACCACAGUAAUGUCCUGUAGGGACUGGUUUGCUGAGAUGGAGAAAUGGUUCCUCUAUAAAAGUUUCAAAUUAUAUUUGAAGAAAGGAUUGGAUUAAUGUAUAUGCUGUGCAGAUUUUGUUUGUCUCAUUUCACUCAACAACCAGGUGAAGCAGAAUGCUGGAUUCUUUUAAAAUAAAAUGGGGACUUGUUUAAGUAAUAAUAAAUAAAUAAAAUAAUAAAAAAUAAAAAAACAUGUAUAUUACCAAUUCAAAAAAGAGAAAAGUAUGUUCCCUUGAAUGAUUUACAUUUUUAAUCAGAAGGAUUUGUAUCAAUAUUUUUGUGGUUGUUAAUGAUUAUAUUAAUAAUAAUUAUUAUACUAACAAUAUUAGAAUGUACUGUACAUCCAUCCGGUUCUUUCUCCAUCCCCUGUCACCUUAUACAGUAAUCUUAUGUUGAUCAUCAAUGUAUUUCAGUAAUAUGUGAAAAAAGUAAACUGCAAAUGACCUUGUAAGAGUGCCGUCUUUGAUGCCAGUGUAGUGGUUUAUACACUUAUUUGUUGAUCUCUCUUUCCUCCUCUCCGUCUCUCCCAAUGUCUCACUCUCUCUCUGUCUCCCUCUUCUAGUAUUAGUGGUAGGUGUUAUGUAGUUAAGAUGUAGAUGUAGCUAUUAGGAGAUGUAGGACCAGUAACGAUAGAGCUUUCUCUUCUUAAUUACCAUAUUUUUUUAAAGAAAAGCUGACAUUAGUUUCAACAUCAUUUGUCUAUUUAUUUUCAGUUGUACUGAUCUCACAUGGUUUCAACUAACCAAAGCAAUCAUUGAAGACAUUUAAAUCAAAAAUUGCUGUAAGACCGAAUCGUAAACAAGGCAUUGAUUGGAUCCCCACCCUUGAAUGUUUAAAAAAAAUGGGUGUGCCAUACUACCUUAAAAGCUAAUACUAGAUAUGCAAAACCGUUUUAUUUGUCAUUAUUUCACAAGAGGGACACAAGCUAUAAUUAUGAUUGAGCAUAAUGGAUUUUAUCACAUAACAGAUUAAUGAUAAUAAUGGUCAUAAUAACAAUAACUAUUAUAGAUAUAAUUAAUCUAAACUCAUUUUGAUGUUUGUACUCUUAACCUCUUAUAUCCCAGUGGCCCCUGGCACUACUAUUUUUGGAUACAGUUUAUUUUAUUUUCGGUGUCUACUUAAUUCAUUAUUAAUUCAUAUGAAUUCAUACUUUAGUUUGAGUUCAUUAUCAACGUUUGAGAAUGUAGUGAAUUAUUUUUGUACUCUUGAACCAUUGGAAGCAGAUUUUUACUUUAAUCAAAGCCUGGGUAUCAUUUACAUUGUAGAUUCAUUCAUACUCCUGCUCUCACGUGCUUAGUCUUCAUUUAAAGUAUUCUCAUUCAAAUGGCAGCCUGCUUGUUAGUAUAGACAUUUGCACUGUGCAAUAACUUAAUCUUUAAGACCCUCCUGCUAAAGGAAAACAAGACAGUGCAAAAGCUAUUGAUGAGUUGUUAUAUGAAGGGCUUAUUGAAAUGAUACCUAUAGGACAUAUUUAAUUUAAGCAAUUCAUAGAACCACAGAGAGUUGAGGUAGGAUAGGAUGUAUGCAUUGUUCUCAUGAAGACUGAGCCAAAAUUUCGAAACCUGUUGGUAAACGUGACAUUAUUGCAGCAGAAUGUACCCACCGAGAGCAAGUGUAAAGCUCUGUGAUACAUUGCAAGAAGCUAUCUCUGUUUUAAAUGUCCCUCUACCAAUAUCACUAUACCUGAUUUACCAUUUGAUUAGAGUAAAAGUUGGCUGGCUGUCCAUUCAAAAUAGUUGAUACCAUCUCUAUUAGUUAAUAAAAGAUUUCAAAUAGAUUUCACAGCUUGGACUUUAAGGUAGCAUGGCUCUGUAGUUGCUAUACUUUCCCUUCACAUGGACAGCAGUUUACAGCUGAUGAAUGUUGCACAUCUUGCUAGACUACUUAAUCAUUGGAUAAUUGUUGGUAAAAAAAAAACUAAACUAAAAAUAUAUAUAUAUAUAAAAAAGACCUGGAAGGUGUUGGAUGAUAUAUUGGGAGCGUACUACCGUAACCAUUUAAACUUGAAUCUUGAGGCAAGUGCUAGGCAAUGGCCAAACAAACAUCCCAUCACUGAAUUAACAGACACACAGCGCACACGUACCUACUGUAGUAACAGGCAUAUAAUGUUAGUUAAGGAUAUAUUAUUGUGUAUGUCUAUUUGUUGAGGCUGAACCCUAAUUUCAGAUGAAAUUAACUCCCCGCUGUCUGAAAUGUUUACGUAGGCAACACUGUUUGUAUUAUGUUUGUGUCACACUUAACAUUAUUAUGAUGUUUUCCCAUGAUGCAACAUGGUUGGACUGUAAAACGUGGGCUUUAGAAGCUGUGACUGAUACUUUAGGGUAAAGCAUAAAAUACAAUUAUUUCAAACGGGGAAUUGUCGGUUAGUGAGUAGCAUGGCAUGGGCCACUGCUAGAGCAGUGUGUGUGUGUGUGUGUGUGUGUGUGUGUGUGUGUGUGUGUGUGUGUGUGUGGGUGUGUGUGUGUGUGUGGGUGUGUGGGUACAGGGGGUGGGUACAGGGGGUGGGUACAGGGGGUUUAGGGAAGCGGUACAGUCAUUAAAAGUCCUGUGCAUCUCUGUGGACAUUUGUCUUACUGUACAUUUGACCUGACCUUAGCUGAGUCUUUUCUUCUCUCAUGCUCCCUCUUGGGUUCAACCUCUGAUUGCCUUGCCCUUUCCUAACACUUGCCCAUGUUUUAAUGUUAACAGACUUUUUACCGCGAGAGCUGACUGAUAGGACUGACGUCUGAAAGCAUCUUUCAGGUCUUCUUGUAUGGCUUGCUCAAGCCCUGUUGUAAAAUAUAAUAAAGUGGAUGGGGGUCUCUCACAUCUCAGAUGUGGAAAGUAUAAUUUUAUAUUUGUAUUUUCAAAUAAUUAUAAUAAUAAAACUUGUUUGUGAAAGGUUUCCAUGCUCUACUGUGGUGCAGAAAUCGAUGUGUUUGUCUGGAAAAAAUGUAAAUAAACUGUUUUGAACCAUU